AUGGCACCCUCUGCAGUCGAUGUCCCCAGCGUCUCCCCUCCCGGCAAUUCUAUGAACUUUCUGAAAGAAAAUGCCAAAGCGCAACAAGAUACAAGAUCAUCGAUGAACGGCUCUUCAACCCUGCCAAAAGCAUCCGCAACAGAACAACAACCAGCCGCAGCCAACAUUACGCCUCGCCACGAAGAAUAUCAAUACCUCGACCUGAUCCAAGACAUUCUGCAGCGCGGCGAACAUCGCCCUGACCGGACCGGCACCGGGACAUUAUCACUCUUCGCCCCGCCACAACUACGAUUCAGUCUCUCCAAGCCGGAUCCCAGGAAUCCAGCCGAACGCAUUCCCAUCCUCCCUCUCCUGACGACGAAACGAGUAUUUUUGCGCGCCGUGACGACAGAACUGCUAUGGUUCGUGUCCGGAUGCACGACGUCCAAGCCGCUCUCUGAGGCAGGGAUUCACAUCUGGGACGGCAACGGCUCGCGCGAGUUCCUGGACAAUCUGGGCUUCACUGAACGCGAAGAAGGAGACCUCGGGCCAGUCUAUGGGUUUCAGUGGCGCCAUUUCGGGGCCGAAUACAAGGACUGCCAUGCAAACUAUGAUGGCAAAGGCGUGGACCAGAUCAAAGAAAUCGUGCGGAAGUUGAAACAUAGCCCUUACGAUCGACGUAUCAUCCUGAGCGCGUGGAACGUUGCCGAUCUGUCGAAGAUGGCCUUGCCCCCUUGUCACAUGUUUGCGCAGUUCUAUGUCAGCUUUCCCGAUGCUCCGAGGGGAGAAGCUGCCCUGCAACAACAGCAGCAGCAGCAGCAAGCCAAUAACGGCUCCGAAAAGAGUCAAAGCGAACAGUCGGCAAAGUCAAAAGGUCAUUUGUCGUGUGUGCUGUAUCAACGAUCCUGUGAUAUGGGACUAGGUGUCCCCUUCAAUAUCGCGUCCUAUGCGCUGUUGACGCAUAUGUUGGCCCACGCCUGCGACCUCGUCCCGGGCGAGUUGAUCCAUACCAUGGGCGACGCGCAUGUCUAUCUCGAUCACAUUGAUGCUCUGAAAGAGCAACUGCUUCGAGAGCCACGAGAGUUUCCCACGUUAAAUAUCAAGCGCGACGACAGAGGGAGUGGUGAGAUGGAUGGUUGGAAGCUCGAAGAAUUGGAAGUCGUGGGGUAUAAACCGCAUGGCGGGAUCAAGAUGAAGAUGAGUGUAUGA